CCCAGCGGCGUGUACCUUUCCCCAGGUUUCCUGCACCCUGGCUGGUUAACCCGGGUUAUUCGCGGUCCGAUUUCCGCCGCAACUACCCGGGUGCUCACACCGGUACCCUGCACUCCGCAGCUCGUCAGUUCCCGGCACCGCUGGUCUGGGCUGCACAUAUCUACCGGCUACCGACCCAUGGCUGAGCGCGGAGAACUCGACUUGACCGGCGCAAAACAGAACACCGGAGUGUGGCUGGUCAAGGUUCCUAAAUAUUUGUCACAGCAGUGGACUAAAGCCCCUGGAAGAGGUGAAGUUGGGAAACUGCGGAUUGCCAAGAAUCAAGGAAGGACUGAGGUGUCAUUUACUUUGAAUGAGGAUCUAGCAAAUAUUCAUGAUAUUGGUGGAAAACCAGCUUCAGUCAGUGCUCCUAGAGAACAUCCAUUUGUCUUGCAAAGCGUUGGAGGACAGACAUUGACAGUAUUUACCGAGAGCUCAUCAGAUAAGCUUUCAUUGGAAGGAAUAGUGGUACAAAGAGCUGAAUGCCGACCUGCUGCCAGUGAAAACUACAUGAGAUUAAAGAGGUUGCAAAUAGAAGAGUCCUCCAAGCCUGUAAGGUUAUCACAACAACUGGACAAAGUAGUGACAACCAAUUACAAGCCUGUUGCUAAUCAUCAGUACAAUAUUGAAUAUGAAAGGAAAAAGAAAGAAGAUGGAAAACGUGCUCGAGCUGAUAAACAACACGUUUUAGACAUACUAUUUUCAGCGUUUGAGAAACAUCAGUAUUAUAAUCUUAAGGACUUGGUGGACAUCACAAAGCAGCCUGUGACCUACUUGAAGGAAAUCUUGAAUGAAAUUGGUACUCAGAAUGUAAAAGGGAUCCACAAAAACACAUGGGAACUCAAGCCAGAGUACAGACAUUAUCAAGUAGAAGAAAAGAAUGACUAAGGAGGCUAAGCAGCUUGCUGACAGAACAACUGAAGAACGAUGUACUAAGCAAACAGCACUGAUACUUGAAUUCUUGAGCACCAUCUGUUAUGGGGUAAAAUGACUGGUACUUUCAUUUAUCUGGCUAAAUUGUUUAAAUCAGUAAUUCUUGUAAAGUUACUUAAUGUUUUUGGAGGAGAAAAAAAAGCAUUUAUUAUAGACUUAGCCUGUAUUAAAACAGAUUAUUCAUAAUAGAGUUAGGGUUGGGGGAUUAGGAGGUGUUUUCUUUUUUAAGUACUAAUUUUUAAAAUGUAAAAUUAGGGAAUAUUUUCCAAAUGAAGUCUCCUUGUUUUAUCUAUGAGGAGUUGAGGUAAUAUAGAUCCAAAGUAGGUGACAUAGCAAGAAAAGUAGUCAAUUAAGAAACUUUUACAAGGAAUAAAAAGCCAAAAUUCCUUACUCUGAAACUGUCAAAGAACAAAGCUGUCUGUCUUUAUUUUUUUUUACAGGUAAUCAUGUUUCACAUUCACAUACAUGAGUGAAAGGAGAGCAUUUGUGUUUGUACUAAGAUGGCAGUUUUUCUUGUUAGCUUAUUUUACCCUAAUGAUGAUGACAUGAGAGAUGGGGAGGAAAAAAUCAUGGUUAGCAGUGUUUGCUUUUAAAGUAAUUAGAAAUGAAGUAUUUUUCCAGAAAUCCAAGAUACGUGUUCCCCAUCCAGAUCUCAAGCUCUUCAGGACUCAUUUUGCCUCAGGAUUUUAUUGCCCACUCAGCAGGCAUGUACUGACUGUCACAUGACUGCUGAAGCCAACUGAGGGGUGAAGUUGAUGUUGUAUAAGCAAAAAGGUUGUCAAUUACGGGGGGUUGGUUGUUUCUCAAGUCUUUCUUUUUUUAGCUAAUUUUAAAUAAAAGCAAUUAUAUGUCCAUGGUUAAUUUUUUCUAGUCCCAAAUCUUAUUUAUUAGGCAGUCCAAAAUCAUACUCACAAACAGAACCACCAAAAGACUUAGCCAACAAAAUACAAUGAAAAGUUGCUUUUUACUUGUUCAUUUUGUCACCUGCUUCUGUUAUGCAUCCAACAAAGAAGUAGCAUAGCCCAGCAUUUUAAGAAAAUGUUGUGUAGUUAAAACAAAUCAAGGAAAUAACUGUCCAGCAAGAUAAAUAUUUUUGUGUUAUCUUCAGCAGCAAAACACCAGAAGCCCAAGGUUGCCUGCCACUGCACUAAGAAAAUGUUUAUAUUUGCAUUCUCAGAUAAAAUCAUGACUAACGAGAGUGCUCAUGUGCCUCACCACACUUGUGUCUUAUCCUACCUUGUUCUGGUAUAUGAACCAAAGGUCAUACUCCCAUUAUCUUCUGCUUCUUGUCUGCUGGAGGGUCAGUGUCAGUAAGUAAACAGGUUCUGGUGUGAAAGACAUAUGUAGAGCUGAGAAUUCCAGAUGCCUGCGUGUUCUGGUUCACAGCAUCUACCAUCCCCAAACUCUGUCUUUUCUGAUCUGUAGUCCCGCCCUGAAACACACCUGUGUCACCUCUCCCCUGCCUUUGUUACUGUGGCAACAGGGCCUGUGUCGAUGAACUUGGUGGCUGCUAGUGGAGAUUUCAGGUUACAACUGUGUCUCAUUUGAAAUUCAUUGUGCUUUAGUACUUCUCUCAACUUGAUUUCUUUGGUUUCUCUUGUUAUCUUUUUACCUUAUCAUAAGCAUAUCUAUUUGGGUCUCUUAAACAGUUGUUACCAGUUGAGUAAGAUAAACUAACUUAGGUGCUAGACUGGGGUCAUUCCUGCUAAGUGGCUAAAGGAUGACUAUCAGGCAUGGGCAUGGAGGAGACUCAGCCUUCCAUACAAAAGUUUCCUUAUCUGUUAUUUCAGAGCUCUCUUGCUCUGAUAAAUAUGCUGUUGACAGCCCCAAAUCAGCAAGUAGGAAUCAGAGCCCUUCUAGGCUCUGCAAUUGAGAGGAAGGCUGAUAAGGGAGACUGACAGUUUGUCAGUUUGUCACGUUGUAUGAGGACAGCAAGGCCAUAUUUAAUAGAUGUCAUUGUUAACUAGUGCUCACAUUUAGAGGAUGUUUUAGCUGGCAGAGUAGAAUAGGAUUGUGUUUGCUGUAUUGGAAAGAUUUGAAAUUACAUGUUGCCACAGUAACUUCUAAAGUGAUGAUUCUUAACAAAGGAAACAGGUUUUACUCUGUUGUGUCAUAAGCAGAAUUAUGGAUUUCAGCAGAGUUGCAGUUGUUCUUAAUGGUUUGUGAAUAAAUUUCCUUUGAAGCAUG